AUGGCGGAGAACGGCCUGAAAAUCCGCAUCCGGCGCAUGCUCCGAUCAUGCAAAUCCAAAGACCAAAUCUCCGACGUGGUUGCGCCGCCUCAUUUCUCCCCACGAUUCAGCUACGCACUCCUCUCCCCCGACGUCGUCAAAGGUCGAAAAUGCCCCCCGGCCUCCCCCAUCAUCAACUUCUACGAUUUCCCGAGGGGCAAACAAGGCAAGAGAAAAGCGCGUUACAAAAAGCGCGCUUUCGAGAACCGAUUUCCCGAUUGCAAGUAUGUCAACGGGCUGUUUAGCAGCGACGGCGAGUACGAAGACGACACGGGGCAGCGGCAGUCAAUGCCAUCCUCGGUGGAGGACAGUUUGGCGGUGGUGAAGCGCUCCAGCGAUCCGUACACUGAUUUCAGGAAUUCAAUGGUGGAGAUGAUUGUAGAGAAGCAUAUCUUCGCUGCUACGGAUUUGGAGAAUCUGCUGCGCUGCUUUCUCUCUCUAAAUUCAUACCAUCAUUAUAAUCUUAUUGUUCAGGUCUUUGCUGAGAUUUGGGAAGCCUUCUUCUCCUCUAAUCAUCAAUAA